AUGGCAGCACGGUUGGAGGCUGAGAAAUUCACCGGAAGUUAUAACUUCGGUCUUUGGCGAUUAAAGAUCAAAGCACUGCUUAUCCAGCAAGGAUUAUCUGCAGCGUUGGAAGAAAAGGAGGAUGAUCAGAAGGCCGAAGAGGUGCUCGAUGAAAAGGCGAAGGCCAAGCUAGUUGAGAUCUACGCUAAGGAGCAUAGCGUGGUGAUUUUGUGCCUUUGUGAUAAGAUCAAUGAUGAAGACAAGGCCAUUAUGCUACUAAACGCUCUGUCUAAAAAUUAUGAUCACCUAAGAGAUGCAAUGGUGUACGGGAGGGAAAAGACCAUCACCUUCACUGAGUUUCAAUCAGCUCUACGGGCAAAAGAGUUACAAAAGGGAUCUGCAAAACCUCAAGAGGCAGUCCCUGAAAGUCUUCAUGUUAAGAAAUUCAAGAAGGGAAAAUUCAAGAAAAAGGCUGAUGAUGGAAAGGCUUCUACAUCAGAUCAGAGGGAGACCAGGUCAGUUUUGUUAGGCAAUAACCAUGUAUGCAAUGUGAGGGGGAUUGGUACUGUAAAGCUUAAAAUGCAUGAUGGAUCUAUUAAGUUGUUGAGUGAAGUCCGGUAUAUUCCAGAGAUUAAAAGGAAUCUAGUUUCACUGGUGUUACUGGAGGUAAAAGACUUUACAUUCAUCUCUACCGGUGGGAAAAUGGAAGUCAAGAAAGGGCAUCAUACUGUAAUGGUUGCUGAAAGGAGGAACAACUUGUACUACCUGCUAGUAGAAGCAAUCACUGGUGAUUCAAACUCUGCUAUGAUUGAUGAUUUGAAGCUACGACGUGAUAGGCUUGGGCAUCCUGCAGAAGGUACUCACUACUCUGACUCUCCUCUAGAAUAUGCUCACUUAGACUUAUGGGGCCCUACACCAGUAAAUACUCUUGGUGGGGGAAUGUGCUUAAGAACUGAUAAUGGGCUAGAGUACUUGUCCAAGGAGUUUGAUAUGUUCUGCAAGAAAAAUGGGAUAAGAAGGCAUAGAACAGUCCCAGGCAUUCCACAACAAAAUGGAGUUGCAGAGUGCAUGAAUAGAACAAUCAUGGAACAAGUAAGGUGUAUGCUAUUUGCCUCUGGUUUGAGCAAGAAAUUCUGGGAGGAGGCAGUUUCUACAGCAGCAUAUUUGAUAAAUAAAUGCCCAUCUACAAGCUUGAAAGGUGAUACACCUGACUUUAGGUGGUAUAGAGAUCAUGGUGACUAUUCUAAAGUCAAACUUUUGGGUGCAAGUGUUUUGCACAUGUCAAGCAAGGUAAGCUAG